ACCCGACAAACCCAACCUUUGCAAACACCAAACAUCACGCUAAUAAUCUAUCACGAAUCGUGCUGCCAUUUGAAACCGCGACUUGGUGGAGUAUGGCAGACACCAAUAAUUUAGCAGAGUUAGGAGGCGAUCAUCCUUCGGUGCAUCUGUCAACGGCUGAGCCCGCCCCGGCUGUCUCAAGCGCUGAUGCCGCCUUAAUGGACCCCGACGCCGAGGACGAAGAGCUCACAUCUGAAGAAGAGGAAGAGGAGGAAGCGGAAGAAGAGCACCACGACAACGACAAUGAUCGCGACUCAGCAUAUGGCGAAAGUCUCCAGGCCAGUGAUAUGGCCUCUAUCACAUCGGAAAUAACUAAACAUCGAUAUGAGAAUGGACGGCGGUACCACGCUUAUCGAGACGGUGCAUAUUGGGCGCCAAACGAUGAAGUUCACAACGAACAACAGGAUAUGGCUCACCAUUUGUGGCUUUUGACUUUUGACGAUAAACUAUAUCUAUCGCCCAUUGCUACUCCACAGAACGUUCUGGACAUUGGAACCGGCACAGGCAUUUGGGCAAUCGACAUGGCAGACAUAUUCCCAGCCGCAACAAUAAAAGGCGUUGACCUCUCCCCCAUCCAACCAAGCUGGAUACCACCAAACUGCAUAUUCGAAAUCGACGACGUUACGCUACCUUGGACCUUCCACGAGGAGUCUUACGACCUUGUACAUAUCCGCGAGAUGUUUGGCUCAAUUGGAGAUUGGGACGAGCUAUUUCUGCAAGCAUAUCAGACGCUCAAACCUGGAGGGUAUCUGGAAUGUGCUGAGCAUUCUGUAACUCCGGUCAGUGAUGAUGGUACGGUUGGUCCAGAUCACGUCUUCACACGUUAUGGAGUAACCAUGAAUGAAUUGGCGAGAAGAAGAGGGAAGGAAUUCGAUGUUUGGGUAACACUUGAGGAGCGGAUGAAAAAAGCUGGGUUUGUGGAUGUGGUUGCAAUUAGGAAGAAGUGGCCGAUGAAUGGGUGGAGUUCUGAUCAAAAAGAGAAGGAAUUGGGAAGAUGGAAUCAAUUGAGGGUCUCGCAAGGUAUAGAAGGAUUUGCCAUGCGAAUGCUGACGACUGUUGGUGGGUGGACACCUGCGCAAGUACAGAUAUUUGCUGCUCAGAUAAGAGCUGCAUUGAGGGAUAGAUCUGUUCAUGGAUAUCUUGACGUGAUCGUCGUAUACGGCCGGAAACCAGAAUCAUACGAGAAAUCAUAUUAGCUCAACGAUGAGAGGAAUUGGCUAAACAGAUAGCUUUACAGUAUGCAACAAAGCCAUUCCUACCACGAUGCUUACCGCCGAUCUGACUAU